UACUCGUACCUAUAGAUUUGUUGAUUGAGGAGUGCUUCAGUUUGUAAGGCACAAAAAUGCAGCAAUUGCAUUUGAAUAUCCACUAAGGUAUAAUUACAUAUUUGUCAUGAAAAUAUUUACUUAGUCUGUAGAUACGGUUUAUUUGUAUACCUACCUAUUGUGCAGUUGUGAUUCAAAACUAGCUUGCAUGAAGAUGUCGCGGAUAGAAAUUAGCGUGUCGUGUUAUUGUAGAAAAUAGAGAUGGAAACUUGAAAUGGUUUAAAAUAUUUCCAUGGUGCGAUGUCAUAAAUAAGUGGACUGUAUGACCAACGGACGAGGCGCCGGAAUGGCGUUCAUGAUCAAAAAGAAAAAAUACAAAUUUCAAGUGGAAUUUUGUUUAGAAGAACUUUUAGAAGUGCCUUUUGUAUCUGCCGUCCUUUUCGCAAAGUUACGAUUGUUGGAUGGUGGUUUCCAGGAUCACAGUACAAGAAUUGAAGUUGCGGAGCAUGCAGUUAAGUGGGGAUCUCGAUUCUCGUUUUCGUGCAAAAUGUUAGCCAACGCAUCGACAGGCAUACUUGAACCUUGCAUAUUGAGAAUAUCGGUUCGAAAGGAGUGUAAAGGAGGUCGAUCUUUUACAAAAUUAGGAUUUGUAGACCUUAAUUUAGCAGAAUUCGCCGGCGCGGGCGAAACCUCUCGGAAAGCUUUGUUGGAGGGGUAUGAUAAUCGGCGGCGCCAAGACAAUAGCAUGCUAAGAUUUUCGAUAAAAAUGAACAUGCUGUCUGGGGAUAUAUUAUUUAAAGUACCUUCACCUUCAUUGAAACACAAACCAGUAGCUACUGAAGAUUCCAGUACAGACUCAAGACCUUUAGAUGAUUAUUCUUCAGGUUCUUUAGCCGGAUCAAUUGCAAGCGCAAGUUCAGGUUUUGGCAGUUUACCGAAAAAGAGGCCGGCACUACUAACAUCAGAAUUGAUAGUUGGGCAAACUCAAAAUGAUCACAUACCUGUGGUAAUAGCGCUUGACAACAAUGAAGGUAGUUUAAAUCCCCCAGAAAUAGAAGAUCCAAUAUGUGAGCAGGGUCAUUCACGUAACUCAUCAAACACUAGCCAAAUGUCUAAAGCCUCUGGAUAUAGCAGCAUUCAUUCGCAUAGCCGACAAUCAAGCUCCGGUGACUCCGGACAUAUCAGGAACCCGCACAAGACUAGGUGGUUUUUCAACCCUUCUUCCAAACCCUUUACUCAAGCUACCAGAAAAUAUUCUACUAAUAGGUCUAAUGACAUUUUUAGCACACCUAAAGGUACUAACGUCCCCCCUACAUUGAAUGCUCAAGCUAAUCACUCCACUCCUUAUUUCACACCAAAAGGCUUUAAAACACAAUCUAGCAAUGUAAGUUCUUCAAGUGCAGAAGAAUAUAAAACACCUGAAGUAACAGUAACAGAUGACACCUUUCCAUUACAUUUUAACGAAAAUAAACCAAAAUCGUGUACUUGUAAUUUAAACGGAUGUGAUAAAAAUACUAUCACUCUUGAUACGACCGAUCAAAUUGAACAUUUGAAACAACUGUAUAGUAGCCGUUACAGUUUAUAUGAAUCCGAAUUAGACAUCCUUCCUUCCGCUGGAGUUUUAAGAUCCAAAAGUGAUUUUGAAAUUCUCCACAACAAAAGCCCUCCAUCCUCCUCAAAAGGUUUGUUUCAAGGCUUUGACAAAUCCAAUGUUCUCUUUUCAUUUCUUACCCCUUCGCCCAUACGUAAGAAAAUACAGUAUCAAAAAGUUGGUGCAACAUCUUCCUCCCCAUCCAAAUAUAGUACUACCACAAGUAAUCAGAGUAAAUUACCUAGCCCUCGUCAUAACUAUUACCAACGUAGUUUACCUGGAACUCGAAACGGUUCUCCCACUUUAGGCAAGUCAAGAUUAGGUGUACCGGAAGAGCAACAUUCAAAUGUUGUACGCUUGAACAGAAAUCCCAGUUCAAGCAGCUUGGUACUCUCAGAAACUGGUUCUUUGGAUAGAGCCAAAGCAGCUUUAGAGAGGCGUAAAAAAGCUCAAGCGCAAGAAACAGAUUUAAAUACGGUCUCAGGCAGAGUCGAAGUUACUCGCGUUAAUCCUGAUCAUCUUAUAGCCGAACUCUUAAAAAGUACUAACCUAGAGCAGCCCGAUGAUUCUGCAGAAACGUCGGGACUUCAAUUGUUCAUUGCAAAAGAUGGAACUGCAGCUUUAGGAAAUCAUGAAGUUAAAUCGCAAAUGUCGACAGGUGUACAAACUUUUAAACAAGUCGUUAUGGAAGAUAAAAGGUAGCCCGCAAAUUUGUAAGAAUAGUCAUCAAAAGAAUGUUAAUUUACAAAUAGCUCUUUUUUGUUGUGCUGUAUAAUAUGUGACUUCCAUAUUUUACAUAAAAUUGUGAAAAUUUUCGAUUUAUACCGUUUUGAAUCGUUAAUUUCAUUGCAUUAGUAACUUCAGGUAGUUAAUUUAGACUGAUAGCAGUUUUUCUAUUUUAACAAAAAUACUUUGUGUGUAAACAAUAACGAAUGAAAUAGUUUUGAAGCCAUCCUUUAGUCUUCCAAAUUGUUGAUAAUUGAGAUUAAUCAGUGAAAAAUGUGAAUCAAAAAUAUUUACAAUGUCUAAUUACUAUACAGUAUUUUUAUUAUAAUUUUUUAUUUAUUAAUGAUUAAUUGAUCAAAGUUACAUCUACUUUUUUGAGGGUUAUUUGUUGUAGAAAUUUAUUUGCAGCUAACUUUUUAUAAAUCCAGUGUGUUGCCAACAUAUGUGAUAUAUAAUUUAAGGCAAGUAAACAUCACCAAGAAUCAAACGUGAUACCGUUACGAAGUUGACAAUAUUAUUUAUUGUAAAUUAUUAACAAUAGUAUUAUAUUUGUAUACCAUU